AUGGAGGAAAGCAAAAUAGCUUUAUUUCAGAAAGCCGCCGCACUUCUAAAGGACUCGAAUAAUAAAACACACGAUAUCUUAAAAAGUCACUAUUUGUUACAAUGUCCUCGUUUAACAUUAGCAGAAAAUCGAAAUAGAUUAAGGAAAGGAAGAUGUUACCAUUGCCGUUUAGAAUGGACACGAGAUACAAAGAACAGGAUAAAGCCAAUAAAAUUGAGUAAAAGGCAAAAAAGAAGGAAGAAGUCCAAAGUAAAGAAUAGUUUAUUAAAUAGUAAGCAACUGGAAAGGAUAUGUUCAUUUUGUGGAAACGUUACAGUUAUUCAGAUACCAAAACUUAACAUAAAUAAACACAUAAUUGAUAGUAAAUGUAAUGAUGACAAUACAACGUCAUCCCAGUCAGAUAAGAAGCAAAUUCCUAUAGAAAACAAAAUUUGUAAAACCAAGGCACAGAAACCAAUUAACGUGUAUAGUAAUGCAUCAGAAAUAUUUUCCUUAAGAAAUGACAAUAAUACUUUGAAGAAGGAUACUCCACAAAAAAUAAAUAAUAACAAAAAGAAAAAGGACAAAUUUGCUGGUUUAUGUCAAAAGGCUGUUUUAGAUGCGGCCAAAAGAAAGUUAGCAAAUGAAAAGAAAAACAAGAUUAAUUUUUUUUUUUUUUUAAUUUUAAUUUAUUUUUAA